AUGCCGCUGGGUCAAGUGUUCCUGCUGAUUGCUCCAGAUGCGUUCACAUCUCCCCCUACAGCCAGAGUGGUGGUAGUGUCUCCUCAAACUCCUUUCUGCCCAGGAGAUGAAGUCACUCUGCGGUGUGACAUUGAAGAGUACACUGACUGGGACUCCUAUGACUGGUAUAGAAACAAUAAAAUUAUUUCCAAUAAGAGAGCACAGACCAUCACAAUCACUCUCCCUCAAGAGUCGGCUCCCCCUACAGCUAAAGUGAGGGUAUUGUCCCCACAGCCCCCCUUUUAUCCUGGAGAUGUAGUCACUCUCGGGUGUGAUAUAACUCAGUGUGGUGAUUUGAAGCAUCAUUACAAAUACACCUGGUACAAGGACAACAAAACGCACAGUAAGACUGACAUCGGUGCCAUCUUAGUGGCAAAAGACGCUGGCCGAUACCAGUGCCUUGGAUGGAGUGACACGCAGACAUCCCCAAGGAGUUUGCCAUUUGACAUUGUGUACUUUGGUUUUCCUGUAGCUACUGUGGUGGUACUGGCUCCUCUGUCUCCUGGAGAUGGAAUAACUCUGAGAUGUGCCAUAGCUGACUACUCAGACUGGCAUCAGUAUGUGUGGUACAAAUAUGCCAUCCAAGUUCCUGAUGAAGUCAGAGAGACCAUAUCCGUCCAGCUGCCUGAAGGGUCGGGCCAGUACAGAUGCUAUGGACAGAGGAACAAUCGUCCUAGAUCAUCCUCCAUGAGUAAACCUACAACAAUAACAUACACCACUACUACAGACUUACAAUCCGGACACUCUUCUCUGGUGCUUGUCAGCGUGAUCAUUGGACUCGUCAUUGUCUUUGUUGCUAUAGCAACACUGUUCCUAGUGUAUCACUGCAAAAAGAUCAGAAGCCUCACAGAACAAAUAGCACGAAGUGGCCAACAGCAGGGAAGCACCAAUCCCACAUCAGACCAGGACCAGACUGAACCAGCAGGAAGAGAUGAGACCCAGUCAGAAUACAUGCCACUGCAAGGAGGUGAGACAUCGUCACUGUUAGAACAAAUACAUUGUAGUGGCACUCUGCGUCCUCAAAGUUCGUUGUACCACCUUUGCAGCUUGUCUAACAACCAGUAG